AUGAUUGAAUCCACAGACGGCGGUCAAAUUACCGUCACCAUGAAUAGAGACAGCGAUUACAGCAAUUGUAAAUUUAUUGAAAUUGUCGGCAAAGUGCAAUCUGAGAUCGCCCUACUAGAAUUCACCAAUAUACCCCUAGGUGAUGAUUUAGACCUUGGUUCCAUCGAUAGAGUCAUACAAGCGAUGCUCAAACACAGAGAUAUCUUCUAA